AUGUUGAGAAUUGUUCAUAAGUUGAGAAGUGGGUUUGCUAAAAUGACCGUCAGAGAAGCCAUCAAUAGUGCAAUGGCUUAGGAAAUUGAAAGAGAUUCAAAUGUCUUUUUGAUUGGAGAGGAAGUGGGUUAAUAUCAAGGUGCUUAUAAAGUGUCUAAGGGUCUCUAUGAUCGUUUUGGAAAGAGUAGAAUCUGGGAUACUCCAAUUACUGAGGCUGGAUUUACAGGUUUGAGUGUUGGAGCUGCAAUGUAUGGACUAAAACCCAUUGUUGAAUUUAUGACAUUCAAUUUUGCGAUGUAAGCCAUUGAUCAUGUAAUCAAUUCAGCAGCCAAACUGCAUUACAUGAGUGCAGGUGGUCUGAGAACAUCUAUAGUGUUUAGAGGAAUUAAUGGAGCAGCAGCAUCAGUGGCUGCUUAACAUUCGCAAUGCUUUGCUGCUUGGUACAGUUAGGUGCCAGGCUUAAUUGUGUUAUCUCCCUACGAUUGUGAUGAUGCAAGAGGCCUCUUGAAGGCAGCAGUCAGAGAUCCAAAUCCAGUAGUUUUUCUUGAGAAUGAAAUCAUGUACAACGAGGCUUUUGAGGUCCCAGACAAUGUGAUGGAUAAGGAUUACGUGAUCCCAAUUGGAAAAGCCAAAAUCAUGAGGGAAGGAAAAGAUGUGACAAUUGUGACAUUUUCUAAAAUGGUCAAAUUUUCAUUGUUAGCAGCUGCAGAAUUGGAAAGAGAGGGAAUUUCAUGCGAAGUUAUCAAUCUCAGAACCUUGAAACCUUUGGAUAGAACCACAAUUAUCGAAAGUAUCAAGAAGACUCACAGAGUUGUGACUGUUGAAGAAGGAUGGGGACAAUGCGGAAUUGGAGCAGAAAUAUGUAGUGUCAUCAAUGAAACUAAUGCAUUCUUCCAUUUGGACGCUCCUAUUGUUAGAGUCACAGGUGCUGACAUCCCAACCCCAUAUGCGUUUAAUUUAGAAGAACUCAGUUUCCCUAAAGCACACAAUAUUGUAGAGGCAGUCAAGUUGGUAUUAAAGUGAUAAAGUCAUUCGUUUAUAUAUCAUAAAAGAUAGCCUCUAUUAAAUGUUAUUCAAUUUCUUUU